AUGGACUGCUAUCGAAUGUGCCGACAGAGCAGGUCGGUGGUGCUGCUGAUUGUGAUGUCCGCGGCGGAAUUAGGGCUGGUGUGGUCCAUGGCGACCGUCCUUCCGCAGGUCUUUAAGCCCUACGGCAUUAGCGAGGCCAUGACGGGGUGGAUCAGCUUUGUGAACCUCGUGUUGGGGACCUUGGUGUGCCCUUUUAUGAUGUCCCUGGUGGAGCGCUUUAACAAUCGCUAUAAACUGAUCCUGUCCAUCACCGCGUUGGUGCUGGUGGGGGAUCUGGCGCUGAUGACGCUGCUGGUUCACUUUAGCCCACGCCAGGCCGGUACCGUCUACUACACAGGGGUGAUGUUUGUUUGCUGGGGUGUCAUCGCGGGGAUUUGCCAGAAUUUUACAAUGCCGUUAAUGUUUGAGUACGUCGUUGAGCUGACUUUUCCCAUGGCGGAGAGCACGUCCGCGCCGAUGCUGAUGUGGUCCGCAUGCGCUAUGAACCUUAUCUUGACUUUGAUUUUUGGCGCGAUAUUGACGGACAACCCGGAUGAGGGUAAGUCGCUCAUCGUCUUUAUUUCUUCGAUUGGUGUCACCUUUAUUGGGGCUCUGGCGAUCAUGUUUACAAAGCCACAGCAUAAGCGUCAGAGCUAUGAAACACGUAAGUUCUUGGAACAAGAGAGGCUGCUGAAUUCCGAAGAGAGCGAUAAAAUCUAUGCAUAA